GGCGGGCGGCCUGCGCGGGGCCCUAGCGCGGCGGGGCGGACGCUCCCCACCCGGCGUCGCGGGGGGCGGCAACGCGGCCAUGGCCAAGGAGCGGCGGAAGGCCGUGCUGGAGCUGCUGCAGCGGCCGGCGAACGCGCGCUGCGCGGACUGCGGCGCCCCGGAUCCUGACUGGGCCUCAUACACCCUAGGGGUGUUCAUCUGUCUGAGCUGCUCUGGAAUUCACCGGAACAUCCCUCAGGUCAGCAAGGUGAAGUCCGUCCGCCUGGACACCUGGGAGGAUGCCCAAGUGGAGUUCAUGACCUCCCGCGGAAACCAUGUCGCCAGAGCCACAUUCGAGUCCAAAGUGCCCCCCUUCUACUACCGGCCCUCGGCCUCUGACUGCCAACUCCUGCGGGAACAGUGGAUCCGGGCCAAGUACGAACGGCAGGAGUUCACCCACCCCGAGCGGCAGGAACCCUACUCUGCAGGGUACCGAGAAGGCUUUCUCUGGAAGCGCGGCCGGGACAACGGGCAGUUCUUAAGCCGGAAGUUUGUGCUGACGGAACGCGAGGGAGCCCUCAAGUAUUUCAACAGAAGUGACGCCAAGGAGCCCAAGGCCAUCAUGAAGAUCGAGCAUCUGAACGCCACCUUCCAGCCGGCCAAGAUCGGUCACCCGCACGGCCUGCAGGUCACCUACCUGAAAGACAACAGUACUCGAAACAUCUUCGUCUACCACGAGGACGGCAAGGAGAUGGUGGACUGGUUCAACGCGCUCCGUGCUGCCCGCUUCCACUACCUGCAGGUGGCCUUCCCAGGGGCCAGCGACGCAGACCUGGUGCCGAAGCUGUCCAGGAACUACCUUCAGGAAGGCUACAUGGAGAAGACGGGGCCCAAGCAGACGGAAGGCUUCCGCAAGCGCUGGUUCACCAUGGACGACCGGAGGCUCAUGUACUUCAAGGACCCCCUGGUAAGGAUGGGCCGCGGCCCCAGGGCCCCCGCGGCGUGGACGCGCCCUCUUGGGUCACCCGCCCGCCUGGGAGGCGCCGACCAGCAUUUGCUGGGUGAGCUGAAGAUGACGGGCCGGGCCGGCAAGGAGGGGCCGGGCCUGGGGGCCGCACGCGGCUCUGAGCAGCGCUCAGCGCGGUCCCCCUCCCAGGACGCCUUCGCCCGCGGGGAGGUCUUCAUCGGCAGCAGGGAGAGCGGCUACACGGUGCUGGACGGGCUCCCGCCGUCCACCCAGGGCCACCACUGGCCGCACGGCAUCACCAUCGUCACGCCAGAGCGCCGGUUCCUACUAGCCUGCGAAACGGAGUCGGAGCAGCGGGCGUGGAUGGAGGCCUUCCGGAAGGUGGUGGACAGGCCCAUGCUGCCCCAGGAGUACGCAGGUGAGGUGGGCGGGGCAGCCUGGGGCCCCAGCCGCAUGGCCCCGAGCGGCCCUGACCCGUGGGACCGUGUCCCUUUUCCAGUGGAAGCCCAUUUCAAGCACAAGCCCUAGCACGAGACGCUCCUGGAGGCCCGAGGACUCCGGACUUGCCAGACGUGGCAGGCGAGGCGGCGGCGGCGGCCGGCGGAAGGAGGGACCCGGCAGCCCCCGACGUGGCCAGGUGGGGCCUGAGCUUGAGCCGCUAGGACCCGUUUCUCUGGAACGCCCCUGAGAGCCGGCCAGGCCCGACCCCGCCGAGCCGCUGCCCCCGGUGUGACGCCCACGGCCCCCCACUCGCCUCCCCGCCCGCCAGACCGCCUCCUCUGAGGCCCCCCAGCUGCCGCCACCCACCUCCGCGGGACCCCACCCCUGACCAGGAGGCCGGGCUGCGGGGACAGAGGGCCCGCCUGCAUGCCCCCCGACCCCGCCGUGUCCCCUCACUGCCCUCCCCUCCCCCAACAAGUACUUAUUGAACAUCCGCUGUCAGCUGUGGGGUCCCGGGGGCUGGAGUGGCAGACAGGGCCCUGGCUCCCUCAGCAAGCCGAGCCGCGUGUCCACGGGGGGCCCGGGGGGUCAGAGGCCCCGACAGCUGGAGCCCCCCCGGGCCUGGGCCACAGGGCUGGCUGCACCCACCCCCGCCCCCAGCCCGGGCGCUUCCCACGCCGGCUCCGGACUCGGCGCUGCCUGCCCUCAUGGUCUUCGAACCCGUGGAGGAUGGAGGCCCGGGUCGCCGCCCGGACCCCAGCGUGCCGCUCGCCGGUGGUUACCGCCACCGUGCCUCUCCCCGGGUGCCCUGGGGGGAUGGGGGACAUCUGUGAGAACAUACUUGGGGGAGGAGGUGAGGGAAGGAAGGAACCCUGUGUGGUGGAGAACUUGGGGGCAGGACAUGCAUAGGGGAAUCCCGUCUCCCCAGGAAAUCAGUGUGUAGUUGAGGGCGUCACCUGCUGGGUUAUCUGGGCGGCGUCCUGUGUGGCCGAGACGUGCUCCCAGGGGAGCCCUGGUCCAGCUGUUGGGACCAGGAGAGGGGCCCUGAGCCAGGGUGUUCCCCCCACCAUGUCACAUCUUGGAAUAAAGUGGGGGCUCUGGGCCCCCAGGAGGACCUGCCAGGAAAGGGACACCCCCAGGAGAGGGGCACCCAAGGGCCUCGGCCCGGCUGUGGGCGACACCCAGGGGAUGAGGGAAGGCACCCUCCCUCCGAGCCCCCCGUCAUCUCCCCUCACAUCUGGGUGAGCACCCGCAGCUCAGACCCAUCGUGCACCUGGAUUCUGAGCAGGGACUGCAGGGUAAACGGGGGAGCACAGCUAAGGCUGCCAGGUCGGGUCCCCAAGAUGGCUGGGCCGGGGGUGAGGGCAGCCGCGGGCUCACCCAGGGCCAGGGCCCCUUUCUCCCCUAAACCCUUCCUGCCCCAGGCGGUGCCUCCUAGCCCAGGCGAGGCUGCAGGGUCACCCCUUCCCCGAGAACCCAGGUCCACUGUCUUCCAGAUGAGGCAGAGAGACUCGCCCUGGGUCAGAAGCGACAGCCCAGCUCCCCUAGACCUUCCUGCCCACGCAGGGCCGCCCGGCCACGUGCCCUCGCUCGCGGACUCAGCCUCGGGCCCUGGGAGCUCAGGCGCCCGCUCAGCACCAGUGUGAGGUCUGUGCACUUGUGUCUGAGCGUGUGCACACCCACAUGCUCUAUCCAGAAAACUCCAGAGAGAAACGACAAAACACCCUGAACAGCUGCACGACCGGUGGAAAGAAUUUCUCAGACGCAGCAGGACCCAUGUGGUCCACACCAGGCCCGCCCCUCCUGCUGGCAGGGCCCCCGCCCUGGUCCUCAGGUCCGAGGCUGGUGCAGGCUUGGGCAGCCCCUGCACAGAGGUUGGGGAGUCGCAGAGACACAGGCGGCCGCCUGCGACAACAGCACGACGUGUCCCACUCACAGCGCUGAGACCACAGGGCGCCCCCGGCCCCACAGGCUGCUUGCAGAGCCCGUGAGCCUCACCUGUCCACAGAUUGGGCUUCUGCAGAUUGAAAUAAAACACUGUAUAUUUACAUCUAAAAUCGUGACACUCUCAACACUGGCUACUUGCUGCUGCCCACCAAGGACACGCUCUGGACAGAACUGGAAAACACCGGUCACGGGGCCCGUGCCCCUCACGGGGGGGGGAGGGGGGCCCUGGCCACUGCUCACAGCCCCAGCCCCGUGGCCCAGCCCAUGACC